AGCCAUGCUGGCCGGCCGCGCCGCGCGCACCUGUGCGCUGCUCGCCCUCUGCCUCCUGGGCAGCCGGGCCCAGGAUUUCGGGCCGACGCGCUUCAUCUGCACCUCGGUGCCCGUGGACGCCGACAUGUGCGCCGCGUCCGUGGCCGGCGGCGGCGCGGAGGAGCUCCGGACCAACGUGCUGCAGCUCCGCGAGACCGUGCUGCAGCAGAAGGAGACCAUCCUCAGCCAGAAGGAGACCAUCCGCGAGCUGACCACCAAGCUGGGCCGCUGCGAGAGCCAGAGCACGCUGGACGCGGGGCCCGGCGAGGCCCGCGCCGCCGGCGGCCGCAAGCAGCCCGGCUCCGGCAAGAACACCAUGGGCGACCUGUCCCGGACGCCGGCCGCCGAGACGCUCAGCCAACUCGGCCAAACUUUGCAGUCGCUCAAAACCCGCUUGGAGAACCUCGAGCAGUACAGCCGCCUCAACUCCUCCAGCCAGACCAACAGCCUGAAGGAUCUGCUGCAGAGCAAGAUCGAUGACCUGGAGCGGCAGGUGCUGUCGCGGGUGAACACCCUGGAGGAGGGCAAGGGGGGCCCCAAGAACGACACGGAGGAGAGGGUCAAGAUCGAGAGCGCCCUGACCUCCCUGCACCAGCGGAUCAGCGAGCUGGAGAAAGGUCAGAAGGACAACCGCCCUGGUGACAAGUUCCAGCUCACCUUCCCGCUGCGGACCAACUACAUGUACGCCAAGGUGAAGAAGAGCCUGCCCGAGAUGUACGCCUUCACCGUGUGCAUGUGGCUCAAGUCCAGCGCCGCGCCCGGCGUGGGCACCCCCUUCUCCUACGCCGUGCCCGGCCAGGCCAACGAGCUGGUCCUCAUCGAGUGGGGGAACAACCCCAUGGAGAUCCUCAUCAACGACAAGGUGGCCAAGCUGCCCUUCGCCAUCAACGAUGGCAAGUGGCACCACAUCUGUAUCUCCUGGACCACCCGGGACGGAGUCUGGGAGGCCUACCAGGACGGCACCCAGGGCGGCAGCGGCGAGAACCUGGCCCCCUACCACCCCAUCAAGCCGCAGGGGGUGCUGGUGCUGGGCCAGGAGCAGGACGCUCUGGGCGGGGGCUUUGAUGCCACCCAGGCCUUUGUGGGCGAGCUGGCCCACUUCAACAUCUGGGACCGCAAGCUGACCCCCGGCGAGGUGUACAACCUGGCCACCUGCAGCAGCAAGGCCCUGUCCGGCAACGUCAUCGCCUGGGCCGAGUCCCAGAUCGACAUCUACGGCGGGGCCACCAAGUGGACAUUCGAGGCCUGCCGCCAGAUCAACUGAGCGCUCGGGGCGAGGCCCGGCCCCGCGCCCGCCCCCCGCCUGAGCAGCCACGACCCCCGUCUCCUCCCCCCUCCCCAGGAAUGAAUCAAGGCCACGGCCCCUGCCCCUGCACACAGCCUGGUUCUGUCCUCCUGCACACGAAGCAGUCCCGGCUCUCCUCCAGCCCCGAGGGCCCCCCACGUCUCCCCGGGAGCCCUGACUGUUUCCCAGGCAUGCCCUAGUCACAGCUAAAGCAGGCGGCACCAACUCUGAACAAGGCAGACAUAGGUGAGAGGGUGUGUGCGUGUGUGCAAGCGUGUGCGUGCGCGUGCGUGCGUGUGCCUGCCUGUGACUGGAGGAGGGUUGUUCUUGAGAGCGAGCUGUUCGUUCCCUCCCUUCUCCGUGGUGUUGGGAAACCUCACCAUGGCCCCCCGAGCUUGGGAAACCUCACCAUGGGCCCCCAGAGCUCGGCCAGCUCCCUCGGAGCUGUGCACUGUCUCCGCGCACCCCGUUGUCUUGCCAGCCUCUUUCGGAGCAGCAUGGCUCUCUGUUGAUGCACGUCGCUUAGAGGCUGGU